GGAAAUAGUUGUACAUGCACGAGUUGACGUCACUCACGACAAAGUUUUGAACAGUUGACAGUGAAUGUAAAUUGAAGGAAGUUUAUCAAAAAAGGACGGACACGGGUCUUGUUAUGUUCGAGUGAGCAAUAUAUUGUUGCAAAGCAUCUUUGACAGUGGUACCUUAAAAAACGGAGCCCAUUCUGCACUUUUACCUACUGCUAUAGACAGGAUCUUGACAAUGGCCUCAGAGCCAGGUGCGGGGUUCGACUCCAAAGGGCUUGGGCUUCGAGCCCAGAAAAAGCUCCUGGGUAAGAUGUCCAGCAAGAAGAUCGCCAAAGUGUUCAUCGACGAUACCACCGCUCGGGUGCUCGAUAACGCAUUCCGGAUACUCAAGGAUUACCUUCCAACGAAGAAAGAUGCAGACAAAGUUCUUAAGUAUCUUAUAAAAACUGUUGUAAAGAUAGGUAUCUUGUAUCGAAAUGACCAGUUCAAUGCUGACGAGUUAAAAGUGGUGGAAUCAUUCAAGCAGAAAUUCCAUUCUCUUUCUAUGACAGUUGUCAGUUUCUACACUGUUGAUUUUACGUACGACAAAACGUUUCUGCGCCAUUCUGUGGAGGAGUGUCAGCAACUGUUGCAACAGCUGAUUAGGCGACAUCUAACGGACAAGUCUAAAUCUCGACUGGACAUUAUAUUUGACACCUUCAACGAUCCGAAGUUAAUGGAUGUGGUUUUCACUCCUGGUGGCAAGUACAAGGAUUAUAUGGACAAGAUUACUACAGACAUGAAUGCAUUGAUGGAUGAAGGAAAUUUAUGAAAAAGCAAGCUGCAUGAAACUGCAAACUGUGCUUAAAGUACUGCCUUCCCUGUAAAAACUAUGCAUCCAAACCCCUUGAUAUACAUCGUUAUUGUUAUGAUAUCAAGUCAGGUAACUUAACCCUUUGCAUGCUGGGAAAUUUGUUGUCUGCUAAAGUUAAGUCUGCUGAAUUUCUAAAAUUAGCAUUUUCUUCGAUUUUUUUCAAAGAAUUCUAUCAUAAUAGCAAAUCCUGAUGAGACGCCACUUUCUGUGGUGUCUAAUCUGGAUUCAAACUGUUUGCAAAGGCCUUCAAAAUUCGGUUCCAGCACUGAAAGAGUUAAUAAAUCCUCUGUUUGAAGUUUCAUGCCCAGAGUCAACUGGGACAUCUCUGAUUGAUGAUCUUAUAGCAUAUUUAUUCAUGACACAAUUUUUUUUUUUUUAUGAAUGAUCACUUUGGUCUUGAAAUAAAUGCUUGUUAAAUAUACCAGGAAAAUGAUGUAAAUCAUUGAAGCCAAGUGAUCAUAGGUGUUGGUGUAAAGAAUGAAUGCUUGUUUCAAAUGUUUGUUGUAAUAUGUACUACAGUUUUUAAUAGGACCGCUUCCACAGGUCAGUUCUAUGCACUUUUGACUAACACACAAAUAGCAAUACCAUCACUGUUGUUACUGUUGCUUCAUUUCCAAUCAUGAGACUCUCCCAAAAGAGUUAUCAUUGUAGAUCUUUAUUGUACCAUAAACACACUGUUCUUGUCAUGUCAAUAAUAGUUGCUGCUGUGAAAUGUAUCAAAAUGGUUAUGUGCUUCCAUUUACGGUGUGAUGAAAAGUGACUUGUCAUCUUCAGAGGACGUUAUUUCAAAUCUGCUACCUCAAUAUGUCAUUGCCUUAUGGACUAAGGCAGAAAAUGAAUGUGUUUGGCCAUCAUUAAGAAUAGCACACAUUUCCGUCUUUCGAUAAUGUUGACAAAUAUCGGAAACAAAUCAGGAAUAUAAUGGUAGUUCCUUACAAAUUCUGUAGAUUGGUAAUUGAGUAUAUUUGCAAAUAAGUUGAUUUCGGUAUUUUUCUCAAGAUCUGACGACUAUUUCAAAAAAGCUAUGUGGAAAAGUACUUUUUUCCAAAAAUAUUGUACUACUAUGUUAUUUUACUUGCAUUUGUGUUUUUACUUCUCAAUCUCAAUUGAUUUUAGUGGCAUUUAUUUCAGUAGUUUUUUUCACUAUUGUAUUGAUAAUGAAUUAUAUUUAGAUCUACUCUAUCUUGGAAAACGUAAACAUACUGGUACUGUUAUAUUGUUUUAUGAGUCUUGAAAAUAUUUCCCUUUUCUUACUUAAAUGUUCUGUCAACAUAAUUGUCGAACAUGAACAUUUUUGAACAUACAAUCUUUUUUAAUCAUUGUUUUUGCUGAAAGCUAAUCCUUGUUAUUAAAUAUAAUCUUGGUAACAACAGCUGUGCAUGGUAUGGUUAAAAAUGAUAAAUGUUCUUCCAAGUUAAGUAUGAUAACAACAAGAUAUGAGCCUCACUCUGGGAAAACAGGGCUUAAUGCCUGGGCAUAAAGUGUCAUCCCAGACUAGCCUGUGCAGUCCUCACAGGCUAAUCAGAGAAACACAUUCCGCAUUUAUGGAAUUUUCUGUUCAAAGUAAGUCUCUACUAAACAAAUAUCCAAUCUUGACAGAAAGUGAAAGUGUUCCUCUCUGAUAAGUCUGUGCAGACCACACUGGUUUAUCUGAGCCGACACUUUACACAUGUGAAGUGGACCCUGUCUUCCCAGACAGAUGCUUAUAUUACAGAAUAAUGUGAUGUUUACCAUAAAUACUUUAUCCCAGGCACCAUAUUUUGUUGUUAUAAAAGUUUCUGUUUCUGUUUUUCACUGUACAUUCUUUAUAUUCAUCUGCAGUUAUAUGUGCCUCAUGUUAUUAUAUAUUGAUGUUAUCAUUUUUCUUUCUUCAAUGUCAUAAAUGUCACUAUGAAGGAUAAUUUUGGCAGAAUUGGUUAUACUUUGUGCUGAUUUUUAGCUCACCUGAGCACAACGUGCUCAUGGUGAGCUUUUGUGAUAGCUUUUUGUCCGUUGUGCGUUGUGCGGCGUCAACAUUUGCCUUGUUAACUCUCUAGAGGCCACAUUUAUGGUGAAAUCUUCAUGAAAUUUGGUCAGAAGAUUGGUUUCAUUGACAUCUUGGAUGAGUUCGAAAAUGGUUACGUUUGCUUGAAAAACAUGGCUGCCAAGGGGCGGGUCAUUUUUCCUUAUAUGGCUAUAGAUGGCUAUAGUAAAAUCUUGUUAACACUCUAGAGGCCACAUUUAUUGUCUGAUCUUCAUAAAACUUGGUCAGAAGAUUCAUCCCAAUAAUAUCUUGGACGAGUUCGAAAAUGAUGCCAGUUUGUUGAAAAACCUGGCCGCCAGGGGGCGGGGCAUUUUUCCUUAUAUGGCUAUAGUAAAACCUUGUUAACACUCUAGAGGCCACAUUUAUUUUCCGAUCUUCAUGAAACUUGCUCAGAAGAUUUGAUUUGUCCCACUAAUAUCUUGGAUGAGUUCAAAAAUGGUAACCUUUGCUUGAAAAACAUAGCUUCCAAGGGGCGGGGCAUUUUUUAAUAUAUGGCUAUAUAUGGCUAUAGUAAAAUCUUGUUAACGCUCUAGAGACCACAUUUAUUGUCCAAUCUUAAUGAAACUUGGUCAGAAGAUUCAUCCCAAUAAUAUCUUGGAUGAGUUCGAAAAUGAUGCCGGUUGUUGAAAAACAUGGCCGCCAGGGGGCGGGGCAUUUUUCCUUAUAUGGCUAUAGUAAAACCUUGUAAACACUCUAGAGGCCACAUUUAUUGUCCAAUCUUGAUGAAAUGUGGUCAGAAGAUUUGUCUAAAUGAUAUCUUGGAUGAGUUCCAAAAUGGUUACGUUUGCAUGAAAAACAUGGCCGCCAAGGGGCGGGGCAUUUUUCCUUAUAUCGCUAUAUAUAAGGCUAUAGUAAAAUCUUGUUAACACUCUAGAGGCCACAUUUAUAGUCCGAUCUUCAUGAAACUUGGUCAGAAGAUUCAUCCUAAUAAUAUCUUGGACGAGUUGAAAAAUGAUGCCAGUUGGUUGAAAAACAUGGCCACCACGGGUGCGGGGCUAUUUUCCUUAUAUGGCUUUAGUAAAACCUUGUUAACACUCUAGAGGUCACAUUUAUUUUCCAAUCAUCAUGAAACUUGGUCAGAAGAUUUGACCCAAUGAUAUCUUGGAUGAGUUCGAAAAUGGUUUUGGUUGCUUAAAAAACAUGGCCACAAGGGGCGAGACAUUUGUCCUUAUAUGGCUAUAUAUGGCUAUAGUAAAACCUUGUUAACACUCUAGAGGCCACAUUUAGUGUCCAAUCUUCAUGAAAUUUGGUCAGAAGAUUGGUCUCAAUGAUAUCUUGGAUGAGUUCGAAAAUAAUUAUGUUUGCUUGAAAAAAAUGGCUUCCAAGGGGCGGGGCAUUUUUCCUUAUAUGGCUAUAGUAAAAUCUUGUUAACACUCUAGAGGCCACAUUUACUGUCCGAUCUUCAUGAAACUCGGUCAGAAGAUUCAUCCCGAUAAUAUCUUGGACGAAUUCAAAAAUGAUGUUGGUUGGUUGAAAAACAUGGCUGCCAGGGGGCGGGGCAUUUUUCCUUAUAUUGCUAUAGUAAAACUUUGUUAACACUCUAGAGGCCACAUUUAUUUUCCGAUCUUCGUGAAACUUGGUUAGAAGAUUUGUCCCAAUAAUAACUUGUUAUCUCAGGUGAGGGACUUUGGGCCUUUCAGGCCCUCUUGUUUAAAAGUUUCAACUACAAUAAUCAAAUAGUAUAUACAUGUGUGAGUAACAAAAUUAACGAUUGAUAUCUUGCAUCACAAGUAUGUAAAAGAAAUUACAUCUUACAGUUAAUCAGUUGAUCAUCAAUGUUAUGAAUGUGUUAAUACCUUGUAUGCUCAAACUUCUAAUUAAUACAAGGCUAAGAUAAGCAGUUUCACAUUUUAUAUACAAGCUGAUCUCCUUACUUCAGCUCAAAGGACUUUAUGAAUAAACCAGCGACAGAUCUCUGUAAUAGGCCUAUUAUCUUGUGUUAAGGCGCUCCAGGGUGGUGAUCAAAGAAAGCCUGUUUUAUUUUGUUAAGUUUGUAUUAAAAGCCUUGUGAUAUACACAUACCAUGACAUUUCCAAUAAUUGAUCCUUCUUCUUGACUUUUUUCUUGUUCUUAACAACACAUUUUGAUGCGAUUGUUAUUUGCUCAGCUCUGAUGGAAAUGCAAUGCAGAAACUUGAUACUGUUUUUUGGCAAUUAAUUGACUUUAUCUGCUCUUUCUCUUUAGCAUUGGCAUUUUGUUGCAUGAUUAUGUAGGCAUAUAAAAGGCAUAUAAUAUCGUAAAUAUAUACUUUUAAACAAGAAGUUAUUGACAUCAGACUUUGGGGGAAAUUGAUUUUGUUAUGGAUAGGUCUAUAGAAUUCAUUCAAGACUCCUAUUUGAAAAAUGUUGAGCAUAAAAUCAUAACAUUAAGUAUUGACAAGAAGCACCCCAUUCAACUCAUGUUAUUGAUGUUAAAAUCUUGGUGUCAUAUUUCAAAUUAUACAUGUUUUGUUUUAUCAGAUAUGUGUAAAAAGUUAUAUGAACAUUUCCAAAAAGUGAUCCUUAUAUUUUAAUUGAUUUUAUUAGCUCGGCUGUUUUCAGAGAAAACCUGAGCUAUUGUCAUAGCCAGCUUGUCGUCCGCCGUCUGACAUAGGCGUCGUGCUAAAACCUUAACAUUGGCCAUAACUUUUUAAAUAUUGAAGAUAGCAACUUGAUAUUUGGCAUGCAUGUGUAUCUCAUGGAGCUGCACAUUUUGAGUGGUAAAAUUUCAAGGUGAACAUCAUCCUUCAAGGUCUAGGGUCGAAAAAACAAAGUCAAGGGAAGUAAUAAGCUUUAAAUGGACAUAGUUAUCUGACCUGCCCACAUAUAUAUUUUUGUUAAAUAAAUCAAAGUGGCGCAGUAGGCGGCAUUGUGUUUCUGACAAACACAUUGUGGUAAAAGGUCAACGUCAAGGUCAUCCUUCAAGGUCUACCGUAAAAAAAUAUACAUUUAAGGGUAGUAAUAAGCUUGAAAGGGAGAUAUUUAUUCAAUAUUGAACAUAGCCACUUUAUAUAUUUGGCAUGCAUGUGUACCUCAUGGAGCUGCACAUUUUGAGUGGUGAAUCUACAGUCACGGUAGUGGCUUAUAAUUAUUUGCUACUUAAAAUAGAGAUUUGUUAGAGACAAUUAUUUUCAAGGGAAGUAAUUUAUAUAAUUAUAAAUCUCAUAUUAUAUAUUUCCUUACCAAGAAUUGAAGUUCUUUUCACAGUAACUGUACAGAUUUUUUAUUUUGAUUAUUUAUAACUCAAAUGAUUGAUUUGUCAAAGCUUUUUUUUAAAUGAUAUAAUUAUCAUUUCUUUCAUGUACUUAGUUAUUAAUAGUAGUGUUCAUUACAUACCCGUUGACUUAUGUCCAUAGAUACAUGAUGAACUCUGGCUAUGAUCUCUUUGAUAAACCACAGGCCUUGGUUGUCAGUGAUGUCUGACUUGGUCAAAAACAUUUUUUGACUGUCUUCAGACCCCCCCCCCCCCCCCCCCCCGGUUGGAUUGAACAAAAUCCAAGGGAAGUAAUAAGCUUUAAAGGGAGAUGAUUUCUAUUCUAUACCUGCCAAAUGAUAAAUAGAAAUUUUAUUUCAAAGUGGCGCAGUAGGGGGCAUUGUGUUUCUGACGAACACAUAUCUUGUUGGGUCACUAGGUCAAAGGUCAAGGUCACUGUGACCUAAAAAAAAAAAAAAAAAAUUCUGACAAGCUUUCGCAGCCGAGCGUGGCACCCGUUAUGCGGUGCUCUUGUUUGUUAUUCGUUCGAUUUUUGAAAUGCUGAUAAUAUAAUAGUCAUUAGUUUAUAUACAAUAGAAAUAACAUAUUGUUCUUCAGGGCCCUCAAUCUAUCAAAUCUGCCGCCGAAUUUCGGUGGCAGUCCCCCACCUGAAAAGUAUACUUUUUUCCCCUUUUGGAGGAAAAAAUUCCCCCUAAAAAAAAAAAAAAAAUUUUUUUUUUUUAAUAGAAAGAUGUGUCUCAUGAUUAUUAUAUCUCAAUUCUAUUUCAAUUUAAUCUUAUCAAACAUAGUACAUUAUGAAAAAUGCAUUGAAUAUAGUGCAAACAUGUACACAUGAAAUAAUGAGAGAGUAAGUAAAAAAAUCCCCCAAAAAGGGAAACGCCGCGAAAAUUCCCCUUCCUUAGGGCUGCGGACCCCUUCCCCUAAAGUAGUGUGAGGGCCCUGUUCUUAUAUAUUAGCAAAAGUUGAUUCCGUCAAUUUUUUAGUAUGCUUUACUAUUUAAGCAUAGAAGAAUCUCACAUUUAUAAAGGGGUAAAAAAUUAUUUUAGCUCACCUGAGCACAAUGGGCUCAUGAUGAGCUUUGUGAUUGCCUUCAAUCCAUUGUGCAUUAUGUGUCAUAACAAUAUAUCUGGCUAACACUCUAGCUGACACAUUUAUUGUCCAAUCAUAAUGAAACUUGGUCAGAACGUCCAUCCCAAUGAUAUCCUGUCUGAUUUUUAUGCCCCCCUUCGAAGAAGAGGGGGUAUAUUGCUUUGCUCAUGUCGGUCUGUCGGUCGGUCUGAUGGUCUGUCGGUCCGUCCACCAGGUGGUUGUCAGACGAUAACUCAAGAACUCUUGGGCCUAGGAUCAUGAAACUUCAUAGGUACAUUGAUCAUGACUCGCAGAUGACCCCUAUUGAUUUUGAGGUCACUAGGUCAAAGGUCAAGGUCACGGUGACCUGAAAUAGUAAAAUGGUUUUUGAAUGAUUACUCAAGAACGCAUAUGCCUAGGAUCAUGAAACUUCAUGGGUAGAUUGAUCAUGACUUGCAGAUGACCCCUAUUGAUUUUGAGGUCACUAGGUCAAAGGUCAAAGUCACGGUGACCCGAAAUAGUAAAAUGGUUUCCGGAUGAUAACUCAAGAACGCAUACGCCUAGGAUCAUGAAACUUAAUGGGUAGAUUGAUCAUGACUCGCAGAUGACCCCUAUUGAUUUUGAGGUCACUAGGUCAAAGGUCAAGGUCACGGUGACCCGAAAUAGUAAAAUGAUUUUCGGAUGAUUACUCAAGAACGCUUUUGCCUAGGAUCAUGACACUUCAUAGGUACAUUGAUCGUGACCCGCAGAUGACCCCUUUUGAUUUUCAGGUCACUAGGUCAAAGGUCAAGGUCACAGUGACAAAAAUCGUAUUCACACAAUGGCUGCCACUACAAUGGACAGCCCAUAUGGGGGACAUGCAUGUUUCACAAACAGCCCUUGUUAAACUGGGUCUUAUAAGAUGAAAAAACUAGGUCACACGUCAAAUAAAAGGUAAAGAUUGUUAACACUUUGGGCAUAACCAAUGAAAAUCUGGUUUCUAGACGUUUCCAUGUUCCUUGCUGAAAGGUUUGUGUUGUUUCCAUUAAACUUAAGAAGAAAGAUUAUAUUUAGAGAUGUCUUUAAAACACUUUUUAUGUAGCACAUACUUUAUCAUUGCUAAACACUUAACACGCUUUGCAAACUCAGAUCUUCAAAAAAAGCAUUUGUUUUUUCAUUAAAUCCACUUAUAAAAUUUCUUCAUUUAAAAUUGUUCUCACUUCUUAAAUAAAACCCAUGAAUGAUUGUUAUACAUUGAUCAUUUGAGCCUUGCUCUGUGAAAAGGGGGUUUAAUGCAAGUGCAUUAAGUGUCGUCCCAGAUUAGCCUAUGCAGUCUACACUGGCUUAUCAGAGAUGACAAUUUCCGCCUAAACUAGAUUUUUGUGAAGAAAUGACUUUCUUUAAACGAAAAAUAUCAUAAAGCGGAAAGUGUCGUCCCUGAUUAGCCUGUAAAGACUGCACAGGCUAAUCUUGGACGACACUUGACGCACGUGCAGUAAACCCCCUUUUCACAGAGCGAGGCUCAUUUAUGUUAUGUAGCUAAAGUGAGUGUAAGGCUCUGAAUUAUGUAUGCAUUUAAAAAAAGUGAAAAAUUCAAUGAAUUUUGAGAGUGAAACUACAUUGUUUUGUAUCUUAUAUGGAUAUGUAAAGCAGCAACAACAGUUUCACAAUCCAUGCUUGAAGUGCUUGUUGAGAAAGAUCAUCAUUGCCUUGCCAUGUGACCGUGCACAUUGUAUACUCUGUUAAAGAUGGUUCUGUUGUUUUACAUCAUGGAACCAGAAAUUGUCUUCCUAUUACAAACUGCUCUACUUGAUAGUGUGAAUGAAUUUUGUGAUAUGUGCUGCAAAGUAUAGCUCAUAUGUUCAGUGUUAUUAUGUCAGUGCGGAUUUAAGACUGUGCAUUUACCCCGUCUAGCCAGGAGCUUCCCUGUCUGUUUCUAGACCACUUUACAUUUCCCAUACUUUAUCGCAGUCAAGGUUGCUUCUGCCCAGACUGUGCAAGUUUUGCAGGCUGGCUUUGAGCUACAGUAAAAGCAUAUGUCAUAAGAUACUUUUUUGCAUGAUGCAGGCCAAUACCGGUAGUAUUCUUCAUUUGUGUUGGCUUGGGAUUGUCUUUUAAAUACACUUCAUUGUUUGUGAGUACAAUACACUUGUAACCAAAAUCUCUCUUAAAACAAUGUGUACUGAUAAAUUACCUAGAAGUCACUGCUGACUACCUUAGCAUCAUGGUGAUGUAACCAUGCUAAAGUGGUUAAAUUUAUGAUCAGGAAAUUGAAUUUUCUAAACUGAACAAAAAUUUCAGAAUGCCUUGUUUGUAUAAUUAUAAUGAAAUGCCAGAGGCAGGCUACUAGUAACUUAGCCACAUACUGUUAUUGUAUGACGCAAUAAUGCAGCACAAAGCCAGACUAUGAGAUGAGUGAGACAGAAGGUGUGCAUUUUUCAUGUUUAUCACAACAGACAUAAAAAUAUUCUGACAUGUUUCAAUGUAUCUCUCUGUGAUGUUGAUUGUGUGCUAUUUAGAUGUCAGUUGUCGUUGGAUAAGCAUGUCUUCACUAUUACCCAACCAUCACAACCAUGGUGGAUGUGCACAUUCUAUCAACUAAGGCAUGUACUUGUAUGAUUUUAUACUGUGAUUGCUGUUUGUCUUUCUGUAACAGUACAUAAGUCAUGUAUUUUUCUGUGGACAAGCAGCUUUGUAUAAUACACUUACCAUGACCCGACUUCUGUCACAUCAUGCUGGACCCUUUUUAAGUGAUACUAUUGAUGUGUAGUUUGUUUUAAGUAGUUCAUUGUACUUUUUAUUUAAUUACACACUUGUUAAUUUUGAUUCACAAUUUUGGGAACCAUAUGUUUUGUUUUUCAUAAGAAUAAUGCUUCUGUGAUUAUUGUAGUCAAGAAUAAGUUUUAUUUAUUGAAAUAUAUAUAUUUUUAGAUACAAUACCAUAGCAGGUGAUAUGGCAAACAUUAAAAUAAUUAAACAUCAACACAAUUUAGAGAAAAAACUCUAUUACUUUUCAUCAAAUGAAUUCUGAAAAAUUAUGUGUUAUUUUGAUGUUUCUUAUUACCAAUCAUAAAUUCUCUUAUGUGUGCAUUAUUGAGAAACAAAUGUUCAAGUUAGCAGUGAAGUACUUGAAAUGCCUGCAUUCCUCCAUAAUUGUUAAGUAGAAUAUAGUUGUAGUUUAUGACUUGAGAAAUACAUUAUACCUGUCAGGCCAUUCUAUGAUCUCUUUUUUUCUGAGUUGCAAUAGUUAGAAAUAGUGGGAGCUUUUCUCAGAAGGUGCUAGUUUAGGAUGGAUUUGUUUCUGUUCACUCAACAUGCCAGCAAUAAGAACCACAAUGAAGUCUUGUCCAAUGUUUAUGAUAAUACUUUCAGUAAUUUGGAUUUAUUGAUUUAUUUAGAAAUGAGAUGAUUAGUGACCUGUUGAAGGAUUUAGUGAAUAGGUGCUAAAUUGAAAAACAAAUAUCCUUUUUACUUUAAUGAUGCAUGUAUUUGGUAUUUUCGUAUUUGGCUAAAUUUCCACUUUUAGUACAUAUAGCAUUAUUUUUAACCUGCAUUUGUCAGUAUUAUGUGUAAGAAUGUGAAAUAAGCCCCAUGUUAAAUAUUCUUACAUGCUUUCUGUUGUGGAAAUAUCUCAACAACAGUAUAUCAUAUGUUUCCCAAUCAAAUGUUUUCUCAACUUGCUAAACAUAUGUGUUGAUACAGGUCUAUGAAAAGAAACCAUCUUUUAGUUAUGUAAGCAUGUACUUUAUGCAGAAACAAUAAUGCAAUACUUUGGUAAAAUAUCUCCAAAAAGAGCACAUAAGAUUUUGAUAGUUGUUGUUGUUGUUUUUUAAAUUUAUUUUGUCUUUUAUGCAGUAAAAUGAAAAUCAUAGAUGUAGAAUUAUACAAAAGACAAAUAUUUCAAACAUUAUAUUUAUUAUAACUAUUUUUAUUUGUUUUGAGUACUAGUCUCAUUAUUUGAAGGUAUGUAUUACAUAGGAGCCAGAAGCGAGUGUUUCUGUUUUGACUUGUGUUCUUUUCUGUGCUUGUCUGUUAGUAUCUUAAAUAAUUUUGUUUGUGCAUUAUGUCAUUAGUUGUUACCUAUCAAACAUAUAUUUAUAUGACAAUUUGUGAUUACUUGUACAACAUGAACAUCAUCUUUUUGUCAUAGAAACUGAUUUUAAAAUAUUUUAUUACAUUUUGACUGAAAGUUCCACAAAGACAUUUAAAAAUGUAUGGAAGUAUUUGACUGUUUACUUAAAUAUGUUUUCUAAGUUUGACUAAAUUUUCCAUCAUAAAGUGUAAACAUAUGUGCAGGGGUUUGACUGUAUUACUCAACUAUUUUAUUCAAUGUUAACUCAAUGAUCCAUCACAACAUGAAAAACAUAUACAAAUGUUUGACUGCAAACUCAAAUAUUUUAUUAGAUUUUGACUGAAUGUUCCAUCAAAACCAUAUUUUAUUAAAGUGUAAACUUUCAAUUUGUUGAGUGUUUAAAUCAUAAUAUUUCUCUCCCUCUAUGUUUCUUUCUGGGUGGGUGUGAAUGGGGAAAAUGGAGCAUACAAGUACAAAGACCAGACCAUUUUAAUGUUUCUUUAGACUUUUGUGAUGGCUGUUUAUGAGAUGAGUAAACUCCGUUGUUUUUCUGCACAAGGCAGCUGCUUAGCCAUUUGCAGUUCUGUUCUUUGUUUAAAUGUACUUGAAACAUCUUAUGUGUGUUAACCAAAUGAUACAUUGCGUAUAAUUCUAUGAAUGUGUGGUUGUACAUUAUUAAAGAUUAAUAGCAUUCCUGCUUAGCUUCAGUAUGAAAAAUGUGUCUGUGAUGACCAAAAUGAAAUUAAUUUUUAUUUUUUCGCAAAAAACAUAUUUAAGAGUGGCAUGCAGUCAUAAUGUAUUGGCAAUGACAGCUGUGCAGGCUGUUGUGAAAGGAAUUUAACCAUAUUUAAUUACUGCUUAAUAAUGUUGGUAUGGGUCAAGUGUGUUAUUAUGUUUCAGUAUAUUUGAGCUUUAUUAACCUUAUAUCUUCAUGAUACCCACCAAAAUCUUCUUACUGUUUAACUGGGUUUUAAGUAAUUAACUUGAAACAAUGCAUUCAAUUUUUUAAUGAAGUUGUCUUAACAGAUUUUAACAUUAAAUGCAUGAUCCAGAAUUGUUAGGACUGUGUAUUUGCAUAUUAAAUCUUUAUAAUUCAGACGUGCUGUGAACUUUUUAACUUUAAUCAUCAGUCAGCUCUGUUCAUGUCAAAAGCAUAUUUUUAUUUGGAUCUAAACAACAACAUUGGCAGUUUAGAUGUCAAAAACAUACCAUUGUUUACACUAAGGAACAUUUUAAAAACACAGUAAUAGGUUCGGAAGUCACUCAUAUGAUCAAAUCAGUUAGUAUCUAUCACAAUGCAACCGGGAUAUGUUUAAAGGUGUUAAGUACUAGAACAUUGCCUCUUACUAUUAAGUUUUAAACUGGCGGUGCAUUCAUUUAUUUGACAAAAUUGUGACACAAAUUUUAAACAAAGCUACACUCUUAUGUCAUUUGUAAUAUUUAUCUAUGAAAUUGUCGUUAUAUGAAUAUAUUUUAUUAUAUAUGUUUUAUUACUCAAAACACGGCUUUUUAUAACAUUGUACCCAUGCAUGUAUAUAUUAUAAUAAAGCCAUGGACAUGCUAUUUAAGUUAUUAUUCUCCCUUCCUAAGAUUCUAUUGAUGUUCUGCUAGAUCUUUUUUUUCAUACAUGUAUGCACCUGCUAAUUUAUUGCUACAUUCCUUGUUUAAGACUAACAACUAAAAUUAAGUAACGUUUGCUACAUUCCUUGACAAGGAAUAACAACUUAAAUGAAGUACCGUUUGCUACAUUCCUUGACAAGGAAUCACAACUAUAAUUAAGUACCGUUUUCUACAUUCCUUGACUAGGAAUGACAACUAAAAUUAAGUACCGUUUGCUACAUUCCUUGACAAAGAAUAACAACUUAAAUUAAGCACCGUUUGCUACAUUCCUUUACAAGGAAUAACAACUAAAAUUAAGUACCGUUUGCUACAUUCCUUGACAAAGAAUAACAACUAAAAUUAAGUACCGUAACAUUGAAAAUCUGUGUUUAUCAGAUGCGUCCAUUUUGAGAUACGCUUAUAAUCCCCUGUUACGCAUCGGAUACUAGACAGUGGUUUGGGGCUUGAAUGCGGGCGUUUAGAAUCCUGACAGAGAGGGAACGUUGAAGUCUGUUUUAAGACGUGUGUAUGUGUGAAAACUGGUACUUACAAUAAAAAGUUUGUACAUGUAAAAACAUUACAAACGAUGUGUUGUUUUUGAAAACGUAAAUGUAAAAGGACUUCACUGGUACAGUGCCGGAAAAAAAUGUAGCGAUUAUUAUGCAACACCAUUAAAGAGUCAGUCAAUACAGACAUUCCAGCAGAAAUGUACAUCAUAUAUAAAGUCAAGAACGACUCGUGAACAUUGUGACCUUUUGCAUGUAGAUAAGCUAAAACGCAAGAACAGUUGAUUGCUACAAUGUUUAUGUGAAAUGCAAAUUCAUAUGUCCACUACUUUUCUGUUACAAAAGAAUACAUGUAUAUACAUAACAACAAUUUGUUUACAAAUACCCUUGAAUGCUUUCUUUUUAGAUAUACAUAAGCGCGACAUCAUUAUCAUCAUUUUAAUAAUGUGAACAAUCCAAUGUGAGUAACUGCUUUUGUUACUCUUCUGGAAAUAAAUCAGAGAAAACCUGGUAAAGCCGAAUAUUUACUCCAUGAACAAAACACCACCGGAUAUUGUGGUAUGCCAUAUUAAGAAGAAAUAAGUAUUAUUACUUUAGCUUUUUAAUGUGUCGUUAAUCUUAAAUUUUAAUGCAUACAUUUAUAAGCUGGACAUCUACUUAAUUAUUUUACACAAAUUAUAGGUGAAAAGAGGCAUAACGUGACAUGGGCUUCAAUUCAUCGUAGUAACUGUAUACACAGUGCAAUGAACUUAAGUACAACAUAGCUAUACAAUGGAUAAAAGAUAUAUACAUUUAUAACAAUUAUAAUGUAUUAUACCAAUUAUUGAUAAUUCUUCUUGACUUUUUUAACCAGGUUUUCCGAAGGAAAAAACUGGUUAUUAGAUUGGCGAAUGCGGGCGGGCUGGCUGGCUGGCGGGCUGGCUGGCGGGCUGGCGGAACAAGCUUGUCCGGGCCAUAACUAUGUCGUUCAUUGUCAGAUUUUAAAAUCAUUUGGCACAUUUGUUCACCAUCAUUGGACGGUGUGUCGCGCGAAAUAAUUACGUCGAUAUCUCCAAGGUCAAGGUCACACUUUGAGUUCAAAGGUCAAAAAUGGCCAUAAAUGAGCUUGUCCGAGCCAUAACUAUGUCGUUCAUCGUCAGAUUUUAAAAUCAUUUGGCACAUUUGUUCACCAUCAUUGGACGGUGUGUCGCGCGAAAUAAUUACGUCGAUAUCUCCAAGGUCAAGGUCACACUUUGAGUUCAAAGGUCAAAAAUGGCCAUAAAUGAGCUUGUCCUGGCCAUAACUAUGUCAUUCAUUGUGAGAUUUUAAAAUCAUUUGGCACAUUUGUUCACCAUCAUGGGACGGUGUGUCCCACGAAAGAAUCACGUCAAUAUCUCCAAUGUCAAGGUCGCCACGACUAAAAAAAGAUUUUAAAAAAAAAAAAAAACUUACAAAGGGGGUUAAUUUUUUUUGGUCAUUUCAAAAGUUCAGUUUGAGUUUUCUCCCUUUAUCAGAUUUUUUUUUCAAAAUGAAAACCUGGUUUUGUGACAAUUUUGUCCCUUGUUUUUCUUGUCCUUAACAACACAUUUUGAUGUGAUUGUUAUUUGCUCUGCUCUGACGGAAAUUCAAUUCAGAAACAUGAUACUGAUUUUUGGCAAUUCAUUGACUUUAUCUGCUCUAUCUAUUUAACAUUGGCAUUUUGUUGCAUGAUUAUGUAGGCAUAUAAUAUCAUAAAGAUAUGCUUAGAAGCAAGAAAUUAUUGACAUUAGACUUUGCGAGAAAGACUCUUAAUUAAAAAAUGUUGAGCUUAAAAUCGUAACAUUAUGUAUUGACAAGGAGCUCCCCAUUCAACUAAUGUUAUUCAUGUUGAAAUCUUUAUGUCAAUUUUCAAAUAAUACAUAUUUUGUUAUAUCAGAUAUGAUAAUAUGUGUAAAAAGUUAUAUGACAUUUUCGAAAAGUGAUCAUUAGAUGUUAACUGAUUGUAUUUGUUAUUCAUUCCAUUUUUAAAAUCUGAUGGUAUAAAAGUUAUUAAUUUAUAUCAAAUAGAAAUAACAUCUUGUUCUUAAUAUGAGCAAAAGUUGAUUCCGUCAAUAUUUUAGUAUGCUUUACUGUUUUAAUCAUAGUAGAAUCUCAAAUUUAUAAAGGGGUAAAUGAUUUUAGCUCACCUGAGCACAAUGGGCUCAUGGUGAGCUUUUGUGAUCGCCUUCAAUCAAGUUUGCAUUAUGUGUCGUAACAAUAAAUCCUGUUAACGCACUGCAUGCCACAUUUAUUGUCCAAUCGUAAUGAAUCUUCGUCAGAACGUCCAUCCAAAUGAUAUUCUGUCUGAUUUUGAAACUGGGUCUUAAAAGAAGAAAAAACUAGGUCACAAGGCUAAAUGAAAGAUAAAGAUUGUUAACACUUUGAGCAUAACCAAUGAAAACCUGGCUUCUUUCCGUUGCCAUAUUCCUUGUUAACAGGUUUGUGUUGUUCCCAUUAAACUUAAGAAAAAAGUUUAUGUUAAAAGAUGUCUUUAAAACACUUUUUAUGUAGCGUGUACUUUACCAUUGCUAACACUUGACACGCUGUGCAAACUCAGAUCUUCAAAGAAAGCAUUGUCUUUUUCAUAAAAUCCACAUAUAAAAUUUCUUAAAUUGAAAUAAAAGCCUUUAAUCUUUGUUUUAAAUUGAACAUUUAGCCGUGCUCUGUGAAAAGGGGUUUAUUGCAUGUGCGUAAAAGAAGAGACUUUCAUUAAAAGACAAAUAUCAUAAAGCAGAAAAUGUUGUCCUUGACUAGCCUGUGCAGACUGCAAAGGCUAAUCUUGGUCGACACUUUACGCACAUGCAGUUAACCCCCUUUUCACAGAGCGAGGCUCAUUUAUAUUAUGUAGCCAAAGUGAGUGUCAGCCUAAAAUUAAAUGAAUGUUGAGAGUGAAACUUUUGUAUCUCAAAUGGAUACGUAAAGCAACAGUUUCACAAUUCAUGCUUGAAGUGCUUGUUGUGAAAGAUCAUCAUUGUCUUGCCAUGUGACCAUGCACAUUGAAGAUGGUUCUGUUGUUUUACAUCAUGGAACCAGAAAUUGUCUUCCUAGUACAAACUGCUCUACUUGAUAGUGUGAAUGACUUUUGUGAUGUGUGCUGCAAAGUAUAGCUCAUAUUUUCAGUGUAAUUAUGUCUGUGUGGAUUGAAGACUGUGCAUUCACGCAGUCUAGCCAGAAUAUAACCUGUCUGUUAUGAGACCACUAUACCUUUCCUGUACUUUAUAGCGGUCAAGUUAGCUUUUGACCAGACUGUGUGAAUGCAUAUGUCAUUAGACCCUUUUUCACAUGACGCAGGUCAAAUAAUAUUUUUCAUUUGUGAUGGCUGGAGAUUGUCUGCUAUAUGCAUGUUUCAUUUUUUGUCGAGUACCAAUAUACACUUGUAACCAAUAUCUCUCUUAGAACAAUGUGCACUGAUAAUUUACCUAGAGGUAACUGCUGACUACCCAAGCAUCAUGGUGAUCUCAACAUGCUAAAGUGGUUAAAUAAAUUAUCAGGAAAUUGAAUUUUCUAAACAGAACAUACAUUGCAAAAUGCUUGAGUGGUAUAAUUAUAAUGAAAUGCCAUAGGCAGGCUUCUAGUUACUUAACCACAUACUGUAAUUGUAUGAUGCAAUAAUGCAGCACAUAGCCAGACUAUGAGAUGGGUGAGACAGAAGGUGUGCAUUUUGCAUGUUGAACGGCUUCGAAAACAGUUUAUCACAACAAACAGAAUAAUAUUCUGACAUGUUUCAAUGUAUCUCGCUGUGAUGUUAAUUGUGUGCUAUUUUUAUAUAUAUAUAAUUUUAAUCGAGAUAUCAGUUGUAGUUUGAUAAGCAUGUCUUCACUAUUACCUACCCAUCACAACCAUGGUGAAUGUGCACAUUAUAUCAAAUAAGGGGUGUACUUGUAUGAUUUUAUUGUGGGAUUGCUGUGUGUCUUUCUAUAACAGCACAGAAGUCAUGUAUUUUUCUGUGAACAAGCAGCUGUGUAUAAUUCACUUACCAUGACCCGACUGCUGUCACAUCAUGCUGGACUCUUUUGAAAUGAUACUAUUGACUUGUUGUUUGUUUUACACAUGAUUAUGUAGAACAGUUCUUUUAGAGAAAGUAGUUUAUUGUUCUCCUUAUUUAAUAACACACUUGUUAAUUUCGAUUCACAAUUUUUGGAAAAAAAAUGUUUUUGUUUUUCAUAAGCAUAAUGUAUCUGUGUUUAUUAUAGUAUUGAAAUAUCUAUUUUUAGAUGCAAUACAAUAGCAGGAGAUAUGGCAAACAUGAAAAUAAUUAAACAUAAAUACAAUUGAGAAAAAAACUCUGUUACUUUUCAUCCAAUUCAUUCUGACAAAUAAUGUGUCAUUUUGAUGUUUCUUUUACCGAUCUUAAAUUCUCUUAUGUGUGCAUUAUUGUGAAACAAAUGUUCAAGUAAGCAGUGAAAGUACUUGAAAUGCUUGCAUUCUUCCAUAAUUGUAAAGUAGAAUAUAGUUGUAGUUUAUGAGUUGAGAAAUACAUUAUACCUGUCAGACCAUUCUGUUAUCUCUUUUUGCUGAGUUGCAAUAGUUAGAAAUAGUGGGAGCUUUUCUCAGAAGAUGCAAGUUCAAUCAACAUGCCAGCAAUAAGAACCACAAUAUUAAUUUCAGUAAUUUGGAUUUAUUGAUUUAUUUAGAAAUGAGAUGAUUAUUGACCUGUUGAAGGAUUUAUUUAAUAGGUGCUAAAUUGAAAAACAAAUAUCCUUUUUAUUUUAAUGAUGCAUGUGUUUAGUAAUUUUGUAUUUGGCUAAAUUUCCACUUAAAGUACAUACAAAAUCAUUUUAAACAUGCAUUUGUCAGUAUUAUGUUUAAGAAUGUGAAAUAGGCCCAUGUUGAAUAUUGUUACAUGCUUUUUGUUGUGGGAAUAUCUCAACAACAGUAAUUGUAACUUGCUAAACAUAUGUGUACAUACAGGUCUAUGACAGGAAACCACUUUUAGUUAUGUAAGCAUUUACUUUAUGCAGAAACUAUAAUGCAAUACUUUGGUAAAAUAUAUAUCUCCAAAAAGAGCACUAACUUAAGAUUUUGAUAUUUUUUGUUGUUGUUUUUUUUUAAAUUUUAUUUUGUCUUUUAGGCAGUAUAAUUUAAAUCAUAGAUGUAGAAUUAUACAAAAGACAAACAUUUCAAACGUUAUAUUUAUUAUAACUAUUUUUAUUUGUUUUGAAUACUAGUCUCAUUUAUUGAAGGUAUGUAUUAAAUAGGAGCCAGAAGCGAGUGUUUCUGUUUUGACUUUUGUUCUUUUCUGUACUUCUGUUAGUAUCUCAAAUAAUUAUGUAAUUGCAUUAUGUAAUUAGUUGUUACCUAUCAAACCUAUAUUUAUAUGACAAUAUGUAAUUACUUGUACAACAUAAACAUCAUCUGUUUGUCACAGAAACUGAUUUUCAAAUAUUGUAUUGGAUUUUGCCUGAAUGUUCCAUAAAGACAUUAAAAAUAUAUAGAAGUGUUUGUGAUGCGUGUUUAUGAGAUAAGUUUACUCCGUUUUUUUUUGAACUAGGCAGCUGCUUAGCCAUUUGCAUUUCUGUUCUUUGUUUAAAUGUACUUGAACUAUCUUAUGUGUGUUAACCAAAUGAUACAUUGCGUAUAAUUCUAUGAAUGCGUGGUUGUACAUUAUUAAAGAUUAAUAGCAUUCCUGCUUAGCUUCAGUAUGAAAAAUGUGUCUGUGAUGACCAAAAUGAAAUUAAUUUGUAUGUCUUCGCAAAAAAACAUAUUUAAGAGUGGCCUGCAGUCAUAAUGUAAUGGCAAUGACAGCUGUGCAGGCGGUUGUGAAAGAAAUUGUUACCGUAUUUAAUACUGCUUAAUAAUGUUGGUACGGGUCAAGUGUGUUAUUAUGUUUCAGUAUGAUUGAGCUGUAUUAACCAUUAUAUCAUCAUUAUGCCCACCAAUAUCUUCUUAGCUUACUGUUUAACUGGGUUUUAAGUAGUAAACUUGAAACAAUGCAUUCAUUUUUAACGAAGUUGUCUUAAAUGGAUUUUAACAUUAAGUGCAUAAUCCAGAAUUGUCAGGAUUGUGUAUUUGCAUAUCAAAUCUGUAUAAUACAGCUGUUCCACACAACACAUUUUGUUUUAUGGGUUCUUUUGUCGAGAACAAACAUGUACAUGAUGUGAAAAAUAUUAGCAAAAUAUGUUUCUUUCUGGUAAAAAUAAAAAGGGACAUGAUUUAUCAAAAAGCAGUGCAAAGUAUAAAGUGACAAUAUUAUAUGUACCGUUAGAUCAGCAAAAUACGUAUUGAAUGAGACGUGCGGUGAACUUUUUAACUUUUAUCAUCAGUCAAACAGCUCUGUUCAUGUCAAAAGCAUAUUUUUAGUUGUAUGUAAACAACAAAAUUGGCAGUUUUAGAUGUUAAAAACAUACCAUUGUUUACACUAACGAACAUUUUAAAAACACAGUAAUAGGUUCGUAAGUCACUCGUAUGAUCAAGUCAUCUAGUAUCUAUCACAAUGCAACUGGAAACUUUGUUUAAAAUUGUUAAGUAUCAGAACAUUGCCUCUUACUAUUAAGUUUUAAACUGGCGAUGCAUUCGUUUAUUUGACAAAAUUGUGACACAAAUUUUAAACAACGCUACACUCUUAUGUCAUUUGUCUAUAUUUAUCUAUGAAAUUGUCGUUAUAUGAAUAUAUUUUAUUAUGUAUGUUUUAUUACUCAAAACACGGCUUUUUAUAACAUUAUACCCAUGCAUGUAUACAUUAUAAUAAAGCCAUGGAAAUUCUA